GCACGCUCUCACUGCGCUUACGCAUUUUAUCGUGCUACCUUUUGUGUUUUGUGUGUAACGAAAUGUAACAUUCACCUUAAACGUGAUUAACGUAUCGCCCGUGUACUUACAUCUAAUCAAGAAUGCGCUUAAGAGAUAAUAUAACGCUUUUUACCUAGCAAGAAGAAGGAUCAAAGUUUAAAGUGUUCGAAAUGCAUCAAACGCUCGAAUUGAAAUCUAUUUCCGGGCGCGGGCUAUUGCCGUUUUAGUAUAAGCUCUGCUCAUUCUUUAGGAAAACAUGCGUGAGCUCGGCCGCGGGGGCUCACUCGUAGCGGCAACCAUAGCGGCGCUGCACAGUCGUUCGUCUGCCGAUACUAAGCCCCGACCGUUCAAUUUAAGAUCGACCGCCGAAGAGAACAGAAAUAUUUUGCUGCCCCUAAGGGAAUCCGAAGUUGAAGACUUUUCCUCGCAACGUUUUUCGGGAGCCAGCGAACGUCCCGCGUCAACCGCCUCGGAAGCAUCGGAACGUGACUCGGCUUCCGUUCAUUCCAGCGAGGCGCCACCCCUACGGGAGAGCGGUGAUUCGGAUAGUCCCGAGGAUACAACUUUGAAAUGUUCGAAUUGGACGGAUCGCGCCGGGAUACCAACACGAGCUGAUUCCUCCGACUGUGACACCUCUACUUCCGAAGAAGAAUCCGAAGAACAUGAAUACGAUACUGGCAGCCGCGUUGCCGAUUAUCAGACUCUAACGCCGAGUAGACAAUUGGAUAAUUCUGCACGUUGUGAUGAUGAUUUCAAGUGGAUGCCAAGUGGAGAAAUGAUGGAUGACGCAGGUGAGGCCCCUUUUAUGGGCUCCCGAGUCGAGGAUUUUUCGUCAAACGCUAGCUUAGAUCGAAGACGGCGGCCAGCAGGUGAUCGUAGUGACCGUGACAGGAAAACAAGGUCAUCUCUGUCAACAAAACCACCGCAACAUCCGUCAAGCGUUCGCGCGUCACCACGCUCCCGACACUCGUCAAGAAAUGAGGAAACUCCACCAGAUCUACAGCGUCGAUGGAAUUCUUAUGAGCAUUUUCGCUGGCCCGAAGGUGGGUGGUGGCCUCCUCCGAUGUGCUGGUGCCAUGGACCACCUGCUCCACCGCCGUGUUGUAUGCAUGAGCGUCCAUGGCCCUCACACCCAUCUCUACCGGUACCACCACGUACAUACAAGAAUGACGCAGAGGACAGAGUACGAAGGCUCGAAGCUGACAAGGAGAGUCUGCAGCUCCAAGUGCAGGUUUUGUCAGAACAAAUCGCUGCGCAGACUGAAAAAAUGGCUGACCUUGAACGAUCUCUGCACGACACAAGGCAACGUCUUGAUGACACGGACCAAAGAUUGCAAAAGGAAAUGUUACAACGUUCAUCGCUGGAGACGCAAAAGCUGGAACUAUUGUCGAAGCUAAGCGAAGUGCGGUUACGAGCCGUGGAACGAGGCCUCGUGGAGCGAUCGCCUCCCCCAGAGCCUGCACCAGUAGCCCGACCUGCACCACCUAGGACGCCGCCCGCGAAUUACGGCCGUCAGAUAGAGCGCAACACCCACAUGUACUCGUCGUUGCCAAGAUCGUCGGUGCUGUCGUCGGAGGCGAGAGUGGCGUUCGGUAAAAACAACAUGGUGGUGGCGCGCGGCCGCGGACAUUCUGUGCCGAACUUAGCCGAGAAAGACGAAGCAAUACCUCGCGGUAGUCCAUCGCCUUCGCUACGGGAAGUUCGCUCUCGCCUCGGCAGUGGGGGCGGUGUGCGAUUGGAAGGAGAUGAACUGUCGCGAUCUUCAUUGCGGGCUUCCGCGCCUCGACAGCGACCGCUAACCAUGCCUUGGCAAACAACAGACGUCCGACACUGGGACUGUGAGACGACAUGCGGUUGGCUCGAAAGCCUAGGCCUGGAAUCCUACGUAGGUCUCGCACGCACGUGGCUUAACGCCUCGCCGGACGCACGGGGCCUUCUCGCUUCAGCUUCGCAUUCUGCUAUAGAAAAAGAGCUUGCUAUCAAACAUCCUCUACACAAGAAGAAAAUAGUCCUAGCUCUUAAUGACUUGUUGGGGGGUCACGGCGACCCGUUGUUAACGGCGGCUGGGCGGUUGGACACGGCGUGGACAUUGCGUUGGCUAGAGGACGUUGGCGUGUGCGGUGCGCGGGCGGCAGCAGCCGACGCGGCGUUGGACGGCCGCGGUUUGCACCGGCUAACGCACACUGACCUUCACACGCAUUUGAGGGUUGCGCACGCGUUACACGCGCUCUCUAUACGAAGAGGCAUACAAGUUUUACGCGAUAAUAAAUUCAACCCUGAGACAAUGAUUCGACGCGCUCCAGAAGCCGAAGUAGUGGAAGUGUCAGUAGAAGGCGAACAAGAGACCGCCAAAACACCCGCUGCAGAACUUGCCCGAUGGUCCUCACACCGCGUUAUGCAGUGGCUCAAAGAGAUCGACCUCGCUGAGUACGCACCUAACCUUAGAGGGGCCGGUGUACACGGAGGCCUCAUGUUAUUGGAGCCGCGGUUCACCGCAGAGCUUUUAGCCGCACUGCUAAACAUUCCUGCGAACAAAACCUUACUGCGGCGGCAUCUCACACAAAGAUUCAACGACUUGCUCGGGCGGGACGUGAUACAACAAAAGCGAAACGCUGAACAAACAUUGGGCUAUCAGCCUCUCACAGCAACUACCAAAUAUAAGGUGCCAAAGAAAAGUCAGUUCUCGCUGAAGCGCAAGAAGAGCAAAGACGACCUUGAGCUUGGCGAGUUAGUGUGUCCACUCCACGACGACUGCUCAGGUGACCUAACCGCCUCACCCAUGAUGAAAGUAAAAUCAGCAACAGUGGGCGUCGCGUCGGCUGUCUCUCCCCCGCGUGACGACGCGCGAACACAUUAGUGCAACUUGACCUCACGGGUUUUACACUAGCCUGGCCGACACCUAACUCUGUGAGCCUAGAUGCGGUCCUAGCCUAACCCCGUGAGACUAGCAGUUAUGGUCCUAACCUAACAGAGUUAAUACCUUUGCAUAUGACGACUUUUUCGCACGCAAUCGACGCGGGUUUACGAACGAGUUGUCAAUUUUGCGAUAACUACUAUAGUUGGCCGUGCUUAAAUUAAUAAUAAUCAUGAGUGUUAUUGAUUUUAUUUCAUUGAUUGGAAGGGGGGAUUUGAACAAUUUCUUUGGGUAAUAUUUGUUUUAGUAGAGUCGUAUGUUCAAGUUUGGUAACAUUAAAAAAUAAAGUUUCUUGUUAUCCUAAAAUAGAUAAUUAUGAAUAUGGGUAUGACAAGAGAGAAGCGUCUUAUGCUUAUUAAUCCAAUUACAUAGAAAAAAAAAUUACCAACCACUAUAAAAUCCUAAAAUCCCAAGGAUAUAAGGCAAAAUGUACGUAAAAAUGCAUGUUGCAGGAUCUGAGAGGUUAUUAAGAGGUAAAGUAGUAAGAACAGGAGAUAUAUUUAUAUUUCAAAUAUACUUAAUUUUUGAAAUAUAUCUAUUUCUUGUAAACUUGUUAUAAUGUGUCAUAUAUUAUUAGGUGUGCAAGCAUAAAGGUAAGAGCCUGCCAAUGUAUCGCGUUCGAAACUAGUAUACGUUGGAUUGCGCUCGAAAUUAAUUAUCGUCGUGUGCAAAGGCUUUAUAAGGGCUACGGGCACACCAAAGGACAAAUGUUUCGUUGUAAAACGAAUGGACCAAUGAAUAUAUAAUAUUGUAAAAUUCAAAAUGGACAUUGCACAUGUGUCAGUAUAUCUGGUACCCUUCAAGGUUCUAGAAGCGGCGGCGUUGGCUUUUGUUCAACAUAAAUUUAAAAUGCUACAGUAUACUAGUUGCUUUUUUAUUUCACGCAGCAAUGGAGCGUAGUGAUUUUAAUGUUUUCGACAACGAAAGCUACGUUUUAGAAGAAGUAAAGGUCUAUCAGGUUCGCAAGUUUCUAAACGUGUACAUAGGUCUAUAAAAUGUAUGGUGUGACGUAGCCUAAGAUGCUGUCUCGAUAUAGCAGAUUAAAUGGUACAAGGGCUAGUCAACGUCGUCAGAAGAAUUUUAGGUAGGCUAUUUUUCUGAAUAUCUAGGUUACGUUAUGCGUGAAAUUUUGCAUAUCGCAUUCUGCAUUCCGCAUUUUGACAUUGGUUAGUUGGACUUUUCGCUAUAUACAACGUGUAAAUGAAAACCGAAAUAAUACUUCACAGGCUUUAAAAGUACAUU